GCAGAGUAGCGCGGGGCGCAGAGGGAGCCAUGGGGAACCGAGUCACCCGUGAGGACUUCGAGUGGGUUUACACGGAGCAGCCCCACACGCAGCGCAGGAAGGAGAUCCUGGCAAAGUAUCCAGAGAUCAAGACACUGAUGGGACCUGAUCCACAUUUAAAGUGGAUUGUAUCUGGAAUGGUUUUCGUGCAGCUGCUGGCAUGCUACCUGGUGAAAGACUUAUCUUGGAAAUGGAUUUUCUUCUGGGCUUACGGUUUUGGGGGUUGCAUCAACCAUUCACUGACCUUAGCCAUCCAUGAUAUUUCACACAACGUUGCCUUUGGGAACAAGCAGGCCAAGUGGAACCGAUGGUUCGCAGUCUUUGCCAACUUGCCGAUUGGCAUCCCUUACUCUGCCUCCUUCAAGAAAUACCACAUUGACCACCACCGGUACCUGGGAGGGGACAGCUUGGAUGUGGACAUUCCCACAGACUUUGAAGGCUGGUUUUUCUGUACACCCCUUCGGAAACUGCUUUGGCUUUUCCUCCAGCCUCUCUUCUACAGUCUGAGGCCACUGUAUGUGAACCCCAAAGCAAUUACACGGAUGGAAAUUUUCAAUGCCCUUGUGCAGUUUUCUGUAGACCUUAUAAUUUAUUACCUUUGGGGACUCAAACCUGUUAUUUACUUAAUAGCAGGUACAAUUCUUUGCUUGGGUUUACAUCCCAUUUCUGGGCAUUUCAUAGCAGAACACUACAUGUUCUUAAAAGGCUAUGAGACGUACUCUUAUUAUGGACCUCUGAAUUGGCUCACCUUUAAUGUAGGAUACCACAUGGAGCAUCAUGACUUCCCCAGCAUUCCUGGAUGCAGAUUGCCCAUGCUGUCCUGCCCAGAGCACAAAGACCUUGCAAGUGGUGCCUGCCUUCCUGCACAAGGUGCUGCUGGACACAAAACCAAGCAGAGCCAAGAAACACUUUGUGUGAAGAAGAUUGCAGCAGAAUAUUAUGAUAACCUCCCACAUCACCAGUCCUGGAUUCGAGUUCUGUGGGACUUUGUUUUUGAUGACUCUAUUGGUCCUUACUCAAGGGUUAAGAGACUGUGCAAGCUGGCAAAGGAAAGCUAACGGGCUGGUCUGCCUGUGGCAGUGGGGAGUGUUUUUUCAUCCACGUGACUUCAGUUUUCUGUGGAAAUGGGAGUAUCUUUGUGUGUGCUGAAUUAACGUUGGUGUAUGCUGCUUAGACCAAGAGGAUGAGUGACAAUGAAGCAACUGAAUGCACUAUUUUAGACUACUGAUACUGUUUAAUAAAGGAUAUUUGUAUAUGUAACCCUUAGAAGCUAGGUUAGAGUGAAUUAUGAUUAGGUGAACCUUUGGUCUAGGCUUUGAAUUAACUUCCUGCGGCACAUGUGGCCAAGCCUGAGUUUUGGCCUGGUCUGCAGUGGAGAAUGUUUGCUGUGUGUUACAUGUGACCGUGUGUGUGUGUGUGUAGUUUAGGACUGGUUUCACUUGAUGCCAGAUUAGAAGUGGAUGCUCUGCGUGCCCAGGAGUGUGGAAGCAGGGAGGACUGGCACGCAGUAGUAAAUGAUACUCUCUGGAGAACACAAGGGUGCCUUUUGCUCAAUGUCUUGUCUAAUCUAAUAAUCUUCUGAUAAUUGCUAGUAACAGAUUUUGUAUAUGCAAUGAAAUAUGUUUAUAUUUUUGUAUAUUUGUAUCAUUAUUUUACUAGCUACUGUUUGACCUUAUUCCAUGGUUUGUCUAAACCUUUUUGAAUGCAUUUCCAUGAGGAUCUAAUACUCACUGUAGAGAACUGACAGACCUGAACUGGGGCAGGGAGAAAUCCUUCCUUUAGUCUUCCACUCACUGCCCUGAUCAGCAGCAUGGAUGUGCCUCUGGAGAAACUGGCUGGUCCUUUCUCAUUGACCUUUUCAACCAUAUCCAUAACGUCACGUUUCUCAUCCUUUUCCCCACUGUAAGUCCUUCUGGGAGUGAAGAGUUUCUAGUUUUAAUUGUUCCUUGUCAAGAUUGUUAGCAAUCCUGAUCACUUUUCUUGAUCUCUAUAUUAUACCCCUCUCUGUGCAUAGGACUUAGGACGGUGUGUCAGGGAUGUAGAGAUGCUGUGGUGGUAUUUGUUCCUAACUGCUUUCGUAGUAAUGGUAAUUUUUUUCUUCUGUCAUUCAAGAGGCACUGACUUGGCAUUUGGGAAGCAUAUGAUACUCCAGCUGUAUAAAAUUGUCACUGAUGGUGUUAAGAGGAUGGAAUGUAAAGAUGGGGCUGUUUCUCUCCCUACAUCUCUUACUUGGUGCUGUUGACCUUAAUCUGUCAUUUCUGCCCACUGGAAGACACAAAUCUUUCCUGCCUGUCCUCUCCAACAAUAAAUUUGUGGCUAUCCUCAAUAAUUCCAUA